AUUUUCUGCUGUUGACUGAUGCUGGCUUCACUGGAGUUGUUGCGGGGGUCGAAACAAGCGGAGGUCUUCCCAAAAAAAACCCCUCCACACAGGGAAAAAGGUGGUCCCAUUCCGAAAACACCGUUUCGAGCGGCCGAGUCCUGUAACGCUAGCAAGCUUAGCUAACUUUAACUGUGUUCUUCUUUUAUUUCUCGCUCGAUAAAACCCACCAGACUGGAGUGUCGGCGUGUUUGAGGAGCAGCAUGUCGGUAGUUUUACCUCACAGAACGCGGAGAGCAGUGGAGAGAGAGUUUUUACUGGAGUAAAGUCUGAGAAAAGCUGCAGUGAAAAAAUGGAGAGAACAGCUGAGAGUGGGGUGAGGAGGCUGGAGUUGGCGAGCUGGAGGAUCCUGCCCUGUUACUCCCUCCACAGCGCGUAACGAAACCCGCUAUAAGAUUGAUAGACUGAACAGUAACAAGUUAUCUGAGGCGUGGUUGGUUCUGGCGUUGGUGACCAUCAGUGUUGAGUGCGGCCCUGGAGGCUUCUGUCUUUCUCUUCAACUUGCACGGCCCAGUGCCAUGUACUGAUCGGCUGCUUGCCUGGGCGAUGAGGAUGUGCUGCUGGCGACAAAGGGGUAGGAUUCUGACAUGAUGGGGUGCAGGACGAGCAAGGUCCUCCCAGAACCACCCACAGACGUCCAGCUAGACCUAGUGAAAAAGGUAGAACCUUUUCAGACUGAUGUGUAUAAGAACUUCAGUGUGGGGGGUGUUGGCACAAACCCGGACAAAACGGGCUCGCCUUCCCCUCAGGGCCCAAGCAGAGCUGCUGCAGCAACGUCCACCACCCCCCAGUCUCCACCCAACGGCCAAGCAGAGCCUUCUGACCCCCGGCGUAACAAGGUGGCCAAGUACAGGGCCAAAUUUGACCCUCGGGUGACGGCCAAGUAUGAGAUCAAGGCCCUGAUUGGUCGUGGCAGCUUUAGUCGGGUGGUACGGGUGGAGCACAAGAGCACGCGGCAGCCAUAUGCCAUCAAGAUGAUUGAGACACGGUACCGUGAAGGCCGUGAGGUGUGCGAGUCUGAGCUGUGCGUACUGCGUCGUGUGCGCCACACCAACAUCAUCCAGCUCAUGGAGGUGUUUGAGACGGCUGAGCGUGUCUACAUGGUAAUGGAGCUGGCCACUGGUGGUGAGCUGUUUGACCGCAUCAUCGCCCGUGGCUCCUUUACGGAACGGGAUGCCACACGUGUACUGCAGAUGGUCCUGGAUGGUGUGAAAUAUCUACACACACUGGGUAUCACACAUCGUGACUUAAAGCCUGAGAACCUCCUCUACUACCACCCUGGUGCUGACUCCAAGAUCAUGAUCACAGACUUUGGGCUGGCCAGCACGCGCAAGAAGGGUGACGAGUGUAUGAUGAAGACCACUUGUGGCACGCCUGAGUACAUCGCCCCAGAGAUACUGGUGCGCAAACCUUAUACCAAUGCUGUGGACAUGUGGGCACUGGGAGUCAUCUCCUACAUUCUACUCAGUGGCACCAUGCCCUUUGAGGAUGACAACCGCAUGCGCCUUUACAGACAGAUACUCAAAGGGAAAUACAGCUUCUCUGGAGAGCCAUGGCCCAGCGUGUCCAAUCUGGCAAAGGACUUUAUCGACCGCGUGCUGAAUGUGGACCCCAGUGAACGCCUGACUGCAGGACAGGCACUUAAACACCCCUGGAUCAUCAGCAUGGCCGCCUCAUCCUCCAUGAAGAACCUGCAGCGCUGUAUAUCUCAGAACCUCCUGAAGAGGGCGUCCUCUCGCUGCCACAGCACCAAGUCUACUCAGUCCAUGCGUUCCAAUCGCUCCAACAAGUCCAGCAGGGCACGCCGCGUCAGAGAGAAAGAGCUGAGGGAACUUAACCGCCGUUACAAACAACAAUACAAUGGCUGAGGGAGGACUUGCACACACCACACACACUCAACAGACCCACUUAGGAACUAAAGAGACCCAUAAACAUGGGACAGAAGUGGAUCUGUGUGCACGUGUGUGUGGGCAAAACUUUAAAGGACUCACACCCUUCUUCAUGACCACCGAGCCAAUUAAAAAAAGAUCUCACACCUUCGGUCCAUCUCCAUUGUUCUUCUUUUCUUUGUGUUCCCGUUUUUUGUGUUUUCCCCACUUAUUUAUUUAUUGUUUGUUUUUUCAUACUAUGUUGAAUUACUGUUUUAUUAAACAUUUUAUCUGAUUGUGUCUGUUGAACAGAGUUCUACACAAUGAAGUUGCUGGAAGGACUACUAAAUACCUGUCGGCUGUUCUUAGACCUUCCUUAUUGUUGCUGUGAAUUAUUUCGUGAAGGCGCCAUCACAGUGGGCUGCUCUUCUGGAAGGGAAGUUUGUUGAUGCUGUCGAUAGAAUAUUUACAACAGUAUGUCUUGCCCAAAUCCAGUUUGCCAAAACCUCACCUUAGAUAUGAAGGUCAAAAUAGUAUUUCCUGUUUUUAAAGAAACCACUUGGAUUCAGUUCAUUGUGUGCAGAGUCUGUUUUUGUAGCAUGAUGUUGAACUAAUUGGAGACCAAAUAUGCAGGAAUUAUCUAGUGAUAAUAAAACAUCCAGUCACUUUACAACUGUUUUCAUAAACCACAGUCACGUGGAUUUUGACAUUGUCUUCUACAGGCAGUCAUAAGACUGCAAGACUGAGCUAUAGUGGACGAGUUUGUAUAAACAGAUUUAUUUCAAAUGCACAUGGUAAUUGAGAGCUGAUACUGAUAUGCAGUGUUUUUCACAGGUUGUUACUGUGAAUAGCUAAGUAAGUAACACAUGACCUGAUCUCCCAAUUCACAAUAACACUGAAAACACAUUUGCAAAAAUUUCAAUGAACAAAAGCUAACCACUGACAAAAACUCAAAAAUAUUUAGUCUUUUUUUCCAUAUUUGCAUAUGAGUAUGUGGAGCAUUUGUUACUCCAUGGGACUUCCUGGUGAGCAUACAGAAAUAGUUUUCAUAUGCUGACUCUUCUAUGAUGGUUAUAUUUGUGCAGGUGUCUCUAAACAAUAGAACAACAUUCUUUUUUUAUUCAGAACUUAAUUAGCCAUCCAGUAUUCCCUCUUCACUGCAUUGGUUUAAUUGCAUUUAAUUUCUUAGAGUAAUGAUGGUGUGCCUUUCCUUUUUUCACUUUAAUUUUGAAUAAAACAAAAAUAGUACAUGAAUAUUGAUGCUUAGAAUGGUGACAAGAAAGUUUCACCAUUCAAGUUUUGCAUGAUGGAGAUUUGUUCAACUUCUACUCUCAUAGGUAUUCACAGUAACAGACAUUGUGCUUAAACCUUUGCGUGUCAGUAAAUACACCCUCAAAUACCAGCUUUAACAUAUGGAUCAAAUUGAAAGCUCAGUCCAGUACAUAUUUACAUCAUUCAUUUAAGGAAUUACCUGCUGAUAUGCAAAUACAAAUCCGAUGGACCGAGAUGAAUUUACAGGAAGUACUCCUGCAUGAACGUCAUUACAUGAAUAAUAAGUAAUUGCCAUUGUUAGUGCCUUUAGUAAUUCCUGUCAAGUAUGACCAAAUGAGCCAUAAACUCAAGUUUGCUCUGGACAUUGCUCACAUAACUGCUGCCUAACCUGAGUGUUGUAGAAGUGUACAGUAAAGGUCUGUACUUGAUCGUAAGUGUAUUUGUUAUAGAGAGUCUUUGUUUUGACUGGUUUCUUUUUUGAAGAAAAUAAACAUAGCAGCUGUUUGGGUUCCUUAACCUGAGUUAGCUUGAAGUUACCUUGUAGGAGAGGUGCACCCAUCCAAAGUUACAUUUGUUAGCAAAAUCAAAUGCUAUAUUAUCCUGUGAAUUUUCUUUGAGUUGUACUUGUUUGUUUUUUAUUUGUUUUUUAAAGUCCUUGUCCCUCUAGAAAUGACUAAAUUCAAAUUAUAGCACAUUAGUAGUGAAAACCCUGAAGGAUUACAGGAUGUCAUGUCCUUGCAUGUUUUACACAUUCAUGUCAUGUCAUUAGCUGAAGGUUUUAAUUUUGAUUAUGGAUCACAAUCAGGUACUUUCUGAUUCAAUCAUUCUCUGUUUAUUGGGAAGACCACUGUUUUAUGUUUUUUCCAUCUCUACUAAACUGGUUAGUCAUUACAUAGAUGGAAAUUUGUUCCAAGUGUAUGCUAAUAGUUUGAAAUUAUAGCUGAUUUGCUUAAAAAAGAAAUCUCUGCCAGAUGUCAUUAGAGGAUAUUUACUGCAAAACAGAAACCGUAAUCACUAUAUACACAGUUAAGUCACAAAUUAUGACUGCCUCAUUUUUACUACACAUGCUAUCUGUCUUAUCAGCUUCACUAAUCAAAUAGGAGCACUUCUACAGUUCUAUAAUAAUAGUGACUACUGUGUAUGUGUUUUGACAUAAAUGCACAAUGUCACUGUCGACCAGAAACCUUCAAAAACUUUAAUUUUUACUGACUUUAUUUCAAUCUGACAUUUGUUCUUUACAAUGACUAAUAGAUAUAUUGGAAUUAAACCUAUUGGGGAAAAAAUAUCUUUUUACAUUUUAAAAAUUGGACAUUUUUCUGUAAAGUUGCCACUUUGAAGAUUCAAGGUUUUUAUCAGAAGACAACGACAUGAAAUGUGUAUCUAUAUGCAAAUUAAAAAGUCCAUGUCCAUUUGAAGUCAAUCCAACACUGUCUCUUGAAGGAAAAUGUAUGUGUCAUGUUUGUGUUUGUUUAAAUGAUGGAUAAUGAUUUUAACUUUUUUUUUUCUCAAAAAAUAGUGAAUCUGCUCCUUUUUUUAUCAAAUGUCUCAAUUAAAGAAUUUAAACUUA